UGAAUAUGGUCCCGCCCCUUUCCUCAGAGCAGAGGUAUAUAAAGGUCGUCUUGACCUGUGAUGCUACCAUUGGUCUCUCCGAACCCAUCCAACAUGAAGACUAUCGUUCUUGCUUGCCUCGUCGCCAUAGCUGUUGCCGCCCCUCAGCUCCAGGAGAGAGAGGUUGUCCUCCUUCGCGAUGACCGCAUAACCAACGAAGACGGCACCUUCUCCUACGCCCUGGAAGCCGACAACGGCAUCAACACAGCCGUUGAAGGAGCUGUUGGAUCUGCCGGCCAGAUCAAUCAGGCGGGAUCUUACACGUACGGAUGUGCUAUAUAUUUUUUCCAGUUAUCCGAGAUAACAAAUGGAUAAAUAUGUCAAGUUGAAGUUUGGUUCUAUUUGAUAUCCGGAAAGGAACAUUU